AUGAGCUCUGCCUCCGGCAACCCCGGCGAAGGGGACGCCCUCCCGCAGUCCCCGCUGGGGCUGGACGCCGUGAUCCAGAGGCUGGAGGACACCAUCCUGGGCCCCACGGCCAGCAGAGAAGACCGGGCGCUGACCGUGCGCGGGGAAGGCCAGCAGGCCGCGCCCUCCCCCGUGCCCGCCCGCAUCCGUGAGAUCGUCACCGGCAGCCUGGCCGAGGAGCCACCCCAAGGGGUGCGGGAGCCGCCAGCCUCCGUGGCCCUCGUGCGGGAGGAGCAGGAGCUGCUGCAGCAGGAGCUGACCCGGCUGGGGGACCUGCUGGCCCAGACUGGCGCCGAGAGGGACGAGCUCGCCAGCAGGUACCACGUGGUCAGUGACCGGCUGCAGGCCCGGCUGGAGACCACCGAGGCUCGGCUGCGGAGGUCGGAGCUGGAGCACAGCAUGGACUUGGAGGAGGCCCUCGGCCGUCUGGAGGCUGCCGAGCAGAGGAGCACCGGCCUGUCCCAGGUGAACGCCCUCCUGCGGGAACAGCUGCAGCACAUGAAGAAGGCCAACGACGCGCUGGCCCAGGAGCUGGCCCAGACGACCGGCGUCGCGCUCCGCCUACGCCGCGAGCUUGACCCGAGGCACGGGGCUGAGAGCGAGACCCGGGCGAGGGGCCCGAGGAGGCCCCGGGACUUCCUCCUGCUGUGGAGACAGGCCACGGCGCUGCGCACGCACCUGGCUGAGCUGCGCACGGCCACCGAGCGAGGUCUCGCUGACAUGCGGGCGGACGCGGCCAGGACAGCCCGGCGCCUGCACACCGCCUGCCUGAGCCUCGACGCCAACCUGCGGCUGUCGGCCGGCAGCGCCCCGGGGCAGCGGCUGCGGGACAAGGUUGGGGAGAUGCUGCGGCUGCAGGGCCGCUGGGCCACGGAGAAGGUGGCGCUCCAGGCCAGACUGUCCGAGCAAACGCAGCUGGUGGAGAAGCUCACAGAGCAAAGCAAGCAGCAGCAGAGAACCAUCGCUUCCCUCCAGACAGACGUGCAGAGACUGGUUCGUGAGGCUGGGAAACAGGGUGGCUGUGCCGGGUGUCUGUCCGCCUCGCUGAGGAGUCCCCCCCGCCCGCCGCAGGAAUCCUGGCGCAGCGGAGGCCAAGUGGCGGAGGACGGCUUGAGGGACGAAGUCCGGUCCCUGCGGCGCGUGUUGGCGAGCGUCACCAAGGAGGCCCAGGCGGACGCCGGGUGCCUGGAGCUGGCCUGGCGCCGCAGCACGGAGGGGGAGGAGCUGCAGAGCCCCCUGCGGACUCCCCCGCGCACCACGUCGCCCCAGCAGGAGGGGUGUCCCCCACCGGCCCGCCCCCCAGCCACGCUGGACCCUGCACUGCGGGCCGUGCGGGGGGCCAUCGAGAGGCGGCGGCAGCGGGAGCAGGAGCUGCACCUGCAGCUGGAGUCCUCCCAGGCCACGGCGGCCAGACUCCGCGCGCAGCUGUCCGAGUGCCGGUGGGAGCUGCGGGCCUCGCGGAGGGACCUGCAGGAGUGGGCACAGGAGCAGGUGCCCACGCGAGAGCCCCUCGGGCUGGAGGCGCGGCACUGCCAGGCGUCUGCCAAGCUCCCGGGAAGUCAAGAGCGCCUGCAGCAGCUGGAGGAGCAGGUCUCAGAGCUCAAGAAGGAGCUGGCGUGGGCCCGGGAGGCGCUGAGCACGGCCCAGCUGCAGAGGGACGUGGUGGAGAGCGAGAGGGAGGGCCUGCACGGCGCCCUGGCCCGGGCCGAGUCCAGCAACGCUGACCUAGAACUGCUCGUGAGGAGGCUGCGGUCAGAGGGUGUGGAGCAAAGGGACUCCCUGGCCCAGAUGGCCGCCCUGCUGGAAGGGCUGGCUCAAGACAAAGGCAGCCUGAACCACCUGGUCCUCCAGCUGGAGCAGGAGCGGGACGGGCUGCAGGAGCAGCGGAAGGAGCUGCAGCGGGAGUGGGCCGACGCCCGGGAGCAGCGGGCGCAGGCAGAGCGGCAGCUGGCGCAGGUGCGGGCCGAGCACAGGGGCCUGCGGGAGGCCUGCGGGCGCCUGGAGCAGCAGCAGGAGCAGCUGGAGGGGCGGGCGGCCCUGCUGGGGCGCGAGAAGGCCCAGCUCCAGGAGCAGGUGGGCCAGGUGAGCGCGUCCAAACGGGCCCUGGAGGAGCAGCUGGCGCAGAGCCUGCAGGACCAGGAGACCCAGCUGGACACUCUGCAGCGAGCCCUGCAGGAGAAGGAUGCUUUGUCUGCAGAGCGGGCCCAGCUGCUGGCCAGGCAGGAUGCCGUGGAGAGGCAGGGCCAGCUCGUGGCCAAGGAGGCAGCUGACCUCAGGGCCGAGAGGGACUCCCUGGAGAACAGCCUCUUUGAGGCCCAACAGCUGGCGACGCAGCUACAGGUUAAGCAGGAGCAGCUGGCGGGAGAGGCCCAGAGCGCCCGGCUGGCUCAGCGGGCCUUGCAAGUGGAAACGGAGCAGCUGAGAAGCGACUGGGAGGCCCAGGAGGCGCAGCUGCGGCAGGUGGCGCAGCAGGAGCGGGACGCACAGAGGGCCCUGGAGAGACAGGCGCUGGCCCACCGGGAGGACCUAGCACGGCUCCAGCGGGAGAAGGAAACCCUGAGUCUGGCCCUGGCAGAGGAGAAGGAGCUGGCUGCGUGCCGGCUGGAGCAGGAGAAGGAGCUGGCGGCAAGAAGCACAUCCGAGAGGGAGGCUCUGAAAGAGGAAAUUCAGAGCCUGAAGCAGGAGCGGGAUGAGAGCCUCCUCCAGCUGGAGCACGAGAUGCAACAGGCCCUGUCCCGGAAAGAAGCCCAGCUCGGCCUGCUCAGCAAGGAGCUCUCCAGGGCCACCCGGGACCUGGAGCAGGCACAGCAGGAGGCCCAGAGCCGGCAGGAGCAAGCCGAGGCCACCAUCCGCGCCACGGCAGAGGAGCUUAAAGCCCUCCAGGCCCAGUUUGAGGGAGCCAUCGCCACCCACCAGAGGGAGGCAGCGGCCCUGAGCCAGAGUGUGCGGGACGUGGCAGCCGAGAGAAGCGACGUGGAGAGAGAGGCGGAGCGGCUGCGCACUCAGCUGAACGUGGCCCAGGAGGAGCUGGCCGUGCUGCACCAGGAGCUGCAGGGUGCGGAGGAGAGCCGCGAGCGUCUGCGCAGGGAGGCCCAAGAGCUGGACGUGCUGCGCUCCUCCAACAGCGAGCUGCGGGCCACCCUCCGCGGGGCCGCGCAGGAGAAGGCCAGUUUUAAGCGGUCAGCGGAGGAGAAGGGGCAGAGGCUGUUUGUCCUGGAGGAGGCCGCAGCAAUGGCGCAGCGGGAGGCCGGGGCGCUGCGGGCCGGCCUGCGAGAGCUGGAGCGUGUGCAGGGGGACGCCCGCCGGGAGCUCCAGGAGCGCCGCAGACAGGUGAGGACGCUGGAGGCCGAGAACCAGAGGAGGAGGCGAGAGUGCAGCGAGCUGCAGGCCCAGUGUGCGCAGGAGGCGCGGCGGGGGCGGCGGAGCGCGCAGGAGGCGCUGGAGCUGCAGAGGCAGGCGGCCGCGGCGGAGGCUGCCCUCGCGGGUGCCCGGACGGAGGUCCUGGGGCUGCAGCGGAAGUUGGCGGAGGUGGAGGCCGCAGCGGAGGCCCGGGGACAGCAGCUCCAGGAACAGCUCCGCGAGAGCCGGGAGGCCGAGCAGGCCCUCCGGGCCGAGCUGCACAGCGUCAGCAGGAAGCUGCAGCAGGCCAGCGGCGGGGCCGACAGCCUCCAGGCUCGCCUGGACGGGGCCCGUCACCGGAUCCACAGCCUGGAGCAGGAGCUGGCCCAGGCCGAGGGCGCCAGGCGGGACGUGGAGGCCCAGCUGGGCCGGCUGUGCUCCACGCUCCGCCGCGGCCUGGGGCUCCGGGGACAGAGCCCCUUGGCUUCCCCUGAAUGGCCGGGCUCCCCAGCCAAAGGCUCUGACAGCUCCCAGGCUCGCCCUGGGCCUCAAGGUGCCAGCCUCCCCACCAGCCCCCACUCGCCCACACCCGGAGGCCACGGACCAGAGGUCGUGGACGUGGCCUCUGUGCGUGACGCCCUGGGGGACCUUGUGCAGAAGCUUCGGGAUGCCCAGCAGGGCCAGGACGACUACCGCGUCCAGGUGGCCGGCCUGAGCAGCCAGCUGAGCGAGGCGGAGAGCCAGCGCGCCCAAGCCCAGAGCCGCGUGGGGCAGCUGCAGACGGCCCUGGCCCAGGCGGAGGAAGGCCGGCGCCGGGCAGAGAGUGCCCUGAGCAGCGCCCGGACGUCGCGGGCCCUGCAGAAGGAGGCUCUCCGCAGGCUGGAGGCCGAGCACCUGGCAAGCCUGCGUGCAGCCGGCCAGGAGAAGCGGCGGCUCCAGGAGCAGCUGGACGCCCUGCACCAGGCCCUUGACGAGAGCCGGAGGCACAGCCAGGGCCUGGCCAGAAAGGCGAGGCUGCUGGAAGAGUGCAGGUGCCAGGAGGCCGCGGGGUCGCCGGAGCCCCUGCAGCAGGUACUCGGGCGGCACAGUGAGCAGGAGGCGGCGGCGAGCGCCCUGCGGGAGCAGACAACAGCGCUGCGCGCCGAGCGGGCCCGUCUGCAGGGGGAGCUUGCAGCACUGCGUGCUCGGCUUGCACAGACAGAGCAGGAGACGCUGAGGAGGGAGGGGGACGUGGCGAGGCUGGGGGCUGAGAAGGAGCAGCUGGACCGGUCCCUGCGCAGCCUGCAGCAGGCGGUGGACAGAGUCCUGGGGCAGAACCAGCAGCUGCAGGCCCAGACAGCGGAGCGGGAGCAGGCCCACGCCCACGCCCGGUGGGACCCGGCCACGGAGGCAGAGCGUCUGCGCGGGGCUCGGCUGCAGGCCCUGGAGUCCUGCGAGCAGUCCCACCAGCGGCAAACACAGGUGCUGGAGGAGCAGGUGGCCAGCCUGAAGGAGCAGCUGGACCGGGAAGUGCAGCGGCAGCAACAGGCACCCCUCGGCCAGGCCGGGCACCUCCCCCACCCCGCCGCGGAGAGCGGGGGGCUUCAGCGCCUCCUCUCAGCCCUGCCCGGGCCUGGCGCGCGGCUUCGGCUUCGGACAUGCUGGCCUGGCCAGCCUCCCGCGGCCGGGCCCUGUCAGGCCAGCUUCCUGAGCCGCAUGCGUGCCCUCGGCUCUGUAAACACGGGAAAACACGUGGAAAACAUUUCCACCGCCUGGAGCCAGAAACACAAUGUCCUGCGAGGCCAGCCGCCGCCGCCCCACGCCCAGAGCCUGCGGAACCUCCGUAUCCAGGAACUGCGGCCCGUCACGGUGGCAGGUGGCUGGAAGUGA